AUGCGCGUCGCCGCCACCCGGCUGAGCAGCCUCGUGCCGAGGCGGGGGUUCGCCUCUACCCCGACCAGGUUGGACAAGUACGCGUUUGUCGGCCUCGGCCAAAUGGGUUUCCAAAUGGCCAAGAACCUCCAGUCCAAGCUCGAUCCCGCCGACACCCUCGCCGUGCACGACAUCAACCCCGACGCCGUGGAGCGCUUCAAGACGCACGCGCAGGCCACGCCCGGCGCGGCCGUCGACCUCGCCCCCAGCGCCUGGGCGGCCGCCAAAGACGCCGACACCGUCAUCACCGUCCUGCCCGAGCCGCAGCACGUGCUGGCCGUCUACCGCUCCAUGCUGGCCGAGGCGCCGCCGCGCAGCAAGACGCGCGUCUUCAUCGACUGCUCGACCAUCGACCCCUCGACGUCGCGGCAGGUCGCGCGGGCCGUGCGCGCCGCCGGCCAGGGCGCCCUGGUCGACGCCCCCAUGUCGGGCGGCGUCGUCGGCGCCGCCGCCGGCUCCCUGACCUUUAUGCUCGGCGCCGACGACGACGCCCUGGUCGAGCGGCGCGUCCGGCCCGCCCUGCUGCGCAUGGGGGCCGCCGUCCUGCACUGCGGCCCCCAGGGCGCCGGGCUGUCGGCCAAGCUCGCCAACAACUACCUGCUCGCGCUGAACAACAUCGCCACGGCCGAGGCCAUGAACCUGGGCGUCAGGUGGGGGCUCGACCCGCGCACCCUGGCCCGCGUCAUCAACGCCAGCACCGGCCGCUGCUGGCCCAGCGAGGUGAAUAACCCGGUCAGGGGGGUCGUCGACGCCGCCCCCGCGGGCCGCGACUACGCUGGCGGCUUUGGCAUCUCCCUCAUGAAGAAGGACCUGCGGCUCGCCAUGGUGGCUGCCCGCGAGGCCGGGGCCGACAUGGCCUUGGCCGAUGCUGCCUACCGCGUCUACGAGGCGGCCGAGAAGCUGGACCAGUGCAAGGGGCGCGACUUUUCCGUCGUCUACAGAUAUCUCGGAGGCAAGGAGGAGUAG